AUGGCAGAUGAAAACUCACUCGUGCAGAAGCUCUUGAAAGAGCUAUCGCAGACACAGUAUGCCUGCUCCGAGCUUACGAAGCUGAGCGGUGGGACUGCAAACUAUCUUUACCGCGGCACCCUAAUUCAGCCUCUCGACUCGCAGAUUGACGUGCCGGAAGCAGUCACCAAGACGGUGGUAUUUGAAGAGUCCAUGCUCCAUGGACUUGUCAGCUUCUCAAAAGACAUCACGACUACAGACACAGUGGUGAGGUCGCCACGCCUUCACUUGUUUGAUCGAGAGACGAAUACGCAGACGUCAGAACCUGGGCAGGCUUCGCUCCGAGCAACCAUCAGCCAGAAUAAAGAGGCGCGCAAGUUGAAGUGCAAGAUUACUUACGAUAGCUUCCUCAAAGUGCUUGAGAUCUAUCCAGAUCUUGCACAAGACCACAUGGAGACGUUGAAAGCCGUAAAGGAUGCGAUCACCGCAGAGUUCUCGCUCAACGAGCCACCGUUAGGUGAGGACGGAAGCUGGGGACUCAUACAUGGGGAUUUCUGGACGGGCAAUGUGCUACUUGCAGAUGCCCCAUGGCAAGAAGCUCGAAGUCCUGACCGAGCUCCUAACAAGCUUUUCAUAAUUGAUUGGGAGCUGGCUCAGUUCGGCCACCGGGCUAUUGAUGUUGGCGCAAUGAUGGCCGACCUUUACGAGCGAAAGCACUUCAAGGAUGUUGAUACUGUUAUACCAGCGAUGAAAGGAUUCGCCGACGGAUACGGACGAAUCAGUGAUGAGAUGGCUUUUCGCACUGCUAUUCACGCAGGCGUCCACUUGAUAUGCUGGCACAUUAGGGGCAACCCAAACCUUCCGCUCUCAGCUCCUAUGGACAAAGUCCUGUCCGCACUGGCACUCGGAAGGGACUUUAUUCUCAAAGGAUGGGAAAAAGACAGACAAUGGUUUGAGAGCAGUGUUCUGGCACCAUUAUUUACGACACGCUAG